AUGCGGGGCACUGAGCUGCUGCUCUGGUACUUUCUAGUGAAAGUGAUGGUGUGCAACGCAGAGGGAGAGCCGGGUCAGACCGCCGACCACUUCAUGCUGGUGACCGGCUUUAACGACUCGGAGGAAGGGGAGAGCGGGGUCACGGAGAGCCCGCAUGUGGAGGACAAGUGCCGCGGCUACUACGACGUGAUGGGCCAGUGGGAUCCGCCGUUCGUGUGCCGGACGGGCAGCUACCUGUACUGCUGCGGCACCUGUGGCUUCAGGUUUUGCUGCGCGUUUAAGAGCUCGCGACUGGACCAGACCACCUGUAAGAACUACGACACGCCGCCGUGGAUGAUGACGGGAAGACCGCCGCCGAAAGUGGACGUUACGCUGGAAGCCGCGAAGGAUAAAACGAACCUCAUUGUGUACGUGAUAUGCGGGGUCGUGGCCAUAAUGGCACUGAUAGGAAUUUUCACCAAGCUCGGGUUGGAGAAGACGCACCGUCCGCACCGAGAAAACAUGUCACGAGCUCUUGCACACGUUAUCCGCCAUCCCGCCUCAGAACAUGCGGACGACAUUGGACUUGGCCAGCACUAUGAGAACAUACAGACCAGACUCACAGUGAACAGCCUCCACAGCAACCAGAUGAACAACGUGGCUCAAGCUUCAACUUUGAUAACACAGCUUUACCCUGCUGUGGGACAGAUAACCAGCCCCUAUGACCAGCAGAAGCCUGUCAAGGAUCUCAACAAGUACGCCACGCUGAAGGCUGUGGCAGAGAAAGCUAAUGACAGCUUCUACAGCAACCGGCAGCAAGUGAUGGAGAUGACAACCAAGGGAAGUCUUCCCAUGGAAGCUAUGGAUAUGGAGCCGGAGCCGAGUAACCCGUACAGCCCACCCAGACAGGCGUCUGCAAAGCAGAAUUCACACAAGUACAAAAGCCCCAAGAGCCACAGCUCCCAGUCGCCGCCCUACGGCUCCAACACUGCUGCCAGCCCGGGGAUGCUGAGAUCCUGGGAGAGCAGGAACAUGCUGGGACUCCGACAGAGCUACGGCCCAAAGAAACUCUGCUUCAUCGAGAAGGAGCUGCACACCACUCGCUACAUGCCUCCACAGCCGUACUUUAUCACCAACAGCAAGACAGAAGUGACAGUAUGA